AUGGAAAAACUAUUCAGGAACCCAUAUCUAAAUGUUAGUGUAAGAGUCAUCGGGAAAGGUGACGAGAUACUAUUUUAUGCAAAAGACGUGGCAGAAUCUCUAGGGUACUCAAACUCUCAAAAAGCUGUCAGAGACCAUGUUUGGAAACUAAAUAAGGUAGUUGUGGGAGAACUUCAAAGGGUACCCAGUAAGUUCACCUUGGAAAAUUGUCACCCACAGACAAUUUUAUUAUACGAACCAGGAAUAUACCAACUGGUAUUCAAAUCAAGACUUCCAAUAGCAGAGGCCUUUCAGAACUGGGUAUUCAGGGAAGUCCUCCCAUCCAUAAGUAAAACAGGCUCGUAUAAUUUACCAGACAGAAGAUCGCUUAGAUAUAACCAAAUGAUCCUUAUAAAUGAAACGGACCUUCAUCACAUAGUUGUGAGUUACAUUAGAGACAACUACCCAGAGGCUGUGAUUCUACCUGGUCUAGGUGAGUAUCAGGACACGGUGUUAAAGAGAUGUGAUGCCUGGAAGAAGGGAUACAAAGGUGGUCAGCCGGAUCUUAUUAUAGAGAAUCCUAUGGGGAAGUAUAAAGGAUUUGCUAUUGAAUUUAAGUCUCCUAAGGGCACUGGGAUUGUAAGCGAGAAGCAGGUAGUAUGGCUUCAUAAGCUUAUGGAAAUAGGGUACAUGGUAAUGAUAUCCGACGACUUGAUAAAAACUUGUAUUAGAAUCAACGAGUACUUCUCACUUAAGAAAACCGUAAGAAAAGUUGCAGUGAAAAAUAUUGCCAGCGGUGUAAAGACGUACAGACCAAAGUUCAAAUCAGAUAAGUACUAA